CCCAGGACCAGGGACAUGGGGAAGAGGCGGAGCGUCACGCUUAGCCCCGUAAUGCCUGGCAGCCCCUCCGGCUGCUGGCCGCAGGCUGAACCCAGCCCGGAGGCUGCGGCAGUGGGAAGCGGUCCACGGCCGGCCGUCGGUGCUGCGCUGCUGGAGAAGCGCUCAGCAAUGGCCGAGAGCUCAGCUGCAGCUGUGGCAGCGGCAGGGACAGCGGCACCCACUGUGCUAGACGAGCUCCUGGAGAUCACAGCUCAGAGCCUGGUGCGCACCGAGGUGGCCGAGCACUAUGAGGUUAUUCGGGAGCUGGGCAGGGGCAAGUAUGGCCAUGUGAUGCUCGUGACCCACAGGCAGAGAGGGACUCCUAUGGCUCUCAAGCUGUUACCCAAAGCCAGUACCAAGCUGCACACCUUCCUGUAUGAGUAUUGCGUGGCGCUCUCCCUCGCCACCCACCCUGCCAUCAUCGGCAUGUUUGGCAUUGCCAUCGAGUCCAGCCAGUACUAUGGCUUCCUCUACGAACCAGCACUGCACAAAGACCUCAUCUCUAUCAUCAAACCCCGGGAUGGGAUCCCCGAGCCGGCCGCUAAGCAGUGCGCCAAGCAGCUUGUGAGCGCACUGGAGUUCAUCCACAGCCGCGGCCUCGUGUACCGUGACGUCAAGCCAGAGAACGUGCUGCUUUUCGAUCCCGAGUGCCGGCGCAUCAAGCUGACUGACUUCGGGCUUACGCGGCCCAAGGGUACCAAGCUCAAGCUGGUGGCCGGGGUGAUCCCCUACACCGCGCCCGAGCUGAGCAACACUGCCGAUGCUCAGGGGGUGCCCAUUGACACCAGCCUGGACGCCUGGGCCUUCGGCGUGCUGCUUUUCUGCCUGCUGACCGGCUACUUCCCCUGGGAGCAGAGCCUGCCGGACGACCCUUUCUUUGAGGACUUUGUGCUGUGGCAGGAGACAGGCCUGGACGAGGACCUGCCCCGCCAUUGGAAACGCCUGACGGCCGAGGCAGCCCUGAUGUUGCGGAGCCUGCUGGCCCUCGAUCCCGCCAAGCGCGGCCCAGUCGGCGGAGCGCUGCGCUACGUUGACCGCCCUUGGCGGCUGGAGGACGGGGGCGGCGAGGAGGCUGCGGCGAAGCCCUGAGAGCCCUGCUCCCCGUGGCGGGAGAGGAGGCCGGCGGCUCUCACCCUGCAAGGGGCUUCGCGGUGGUCCGGGGGUGAGAGGCCGCGGCCGCCCAGAGGGCAACUGCGCGGCUGCCAACAGAGCCAGGGUCCUUCCCCAGCUGACGGUCCUUGCCCCGUGACUCAGCGCUGCCCGCUGCCACCUCCUUGUGCUUCCAUGGGGCUUGGAAACAUCUCCCUUCUCUUGGAAACGACCGUCUUCAUGGGAAGCACCCACUGGCUUCCCGGCCACGGGGACUCCAGGGUGCUUUCUAGCGGCUGCGGCACCUGCCUUGUCUUGAAAUAGAGUGAAAUAUGUACUUU